CAUUUUACCAUGAGAUUCGGUCCGAGACAUUGAUCCUUACAUUGAUCCACGCUCCGUGGGUGCAACAACCUGGACCCGCUGGCUUUUUUCGUACUUACAUAAGUACGACUCUCUAGCAUUUCGAUCCUCAAGCUCAGCUGCAAGCAAGGUCUCAAACAUAGAAAUGAAACAGGAUUCAGUGUUUUUAAUCUCGCUUAGGUUUUGAAGCGUUUGAACGUAACUUUUUUGCGCUUGAAACUGAUACGAUCUUGUAUGUGAACGGUCUGGACCUGGCCAUGGGCUAGAUGAAAUUUUCAUGAAUCGUUAUAAAAUGUACUCAGGCUUUACCCCGGCUCUACCUCCGCCAAAGCACCCCAUGUCAAGUCUUCCCCCCGAGCUGCUGGCAGAGAUCUUCCAAUACUGUUCUACCUACAAUGCAGACGCCCCACUCCUCCUGGGCUCAGUCAAUCGACGAUUUCGGGAAAUAGUGCAUAGUCAUCCCGCUGUCUGGUACAAACUCCGGCUUCGUCUGGGUUUCGGUACAGAAUUCGCGCAGAUUCAAAAAGCUGGACUGUGGUUCAAAAAUCGCGGCGCGUGCCCUCUCAAGGUUUUCAUGAACAUCACCAAUACAUGUGCCCCGAGAUCAGAUACCUCCGAACAGGAAUGGUUCUCGCACAAUUAUCCGUUCUUGAUUGCAUUAUUUCGCAAGAACAUUCAUCGGAUCCACGCAUUAACCCUCCAGUCGGAUACGGAGCUCAAGGCCUACCAUCUCCUUGACGCCAUUACGGCUUCAAGUCCCGUAUCCCCUACUGAAUCGCUUCAGCUUCACAGCUUACAUUUCCAAAUCACGGCCGAUAUUCCACCAAUGCCAUCUGGAUGGUCGCCAGUAUUCGAAUCCUUUUCCCUCUUUCCCCAACUCGACUCACUCAAACUUAUAAAUCACAUCCUACCCGCACUUACCCCUCCGAAUAUUGUACACCUCCAAAAUCUUUCGAUCGUUCGUCCCCUUACUGCGCCGCCGUUACCUACUCUCAAAAUUUUGCGCAUGAUAAGUUCCGCUCCGUCGCUGAUCCAUUUAGACAUUGACUCGCGGAUUUCGGGAGAGCCGCUGUCAGAUCUCCAUGUGGAGACAGACUUACCUGCUUUAAAGUCAUUGUCGUUGCGCAUAAACAACCUUCCGUCCACAUUGAAACUCUUAGCUUCGGCAUCGUUGGAGAAACUUCGCCUGACGGAUCUAGAUGGUAGGCGGCCUCGCGCUGGAGAGGAAUUGGGCAGUGUCAUGGCGAACUUGACAAGAGAGUUGAAGACAAAGGAUGGUAACUCAGGCGGUCUGGAUCUCCUCAAAAGUUUGGAGAUUGCUGGAGUACAUUGCGUCUCGUCCACCAGCGCUCAUUGGGACUGGUGUAUUCGCCAUCUACCACGACUAGAAUCGCUGACUCUUAACAAGUCCGGUUUUGUGAGCUUGAUCAAAGUUCUGACCGAGAUACAACCAGAACAUCUAGACGUCCAAGGCGGCUUCUAUUGCCCUAGGUUAUCUUAUGUUCACCUUUCGAGUGUCGACGCCCUUCUCCUUCUCCAGGAUUUGAAGAUGAAAAGGCCUUCCCUCACAGUGGAAUGGGACAACGGUGGGCCAGUAUGGCAUCAUUCGAUCCCUGAUCACCCUCGCACGACGUUCUCAUAUACUACAGGGGGAUACGGCUUCGCCUCAUUGUUUGACUAUGAUAGGAGGCACAUUGAGGAUACUCAGGUGAAGGGGGUUUCUUUGACCGAUGAGGAUUCUUCCUGGUAGAGGAUGAGGGUCUACAAUAAUAUAUCCUCACUAUUAUUGAUAGACUUUAGAUCAAAAUACAUAUCUCAUAAUAUACUAUAUCUAUUUAUCUGUAUCCGUUUUUCAUGCAAAGUUGCUUCCAAACAUUCAAUAUAAUAACGAGUAUAUAAAAUGCUUGCGCCUUACAGAAGUACCGCGAAUAAGCGCGCUAGUAUAGCACUACGUCAUAG